AGAUAAAUGUUGUCAAUUAGUUUUAAUUGUGGAUCAAUUUCUGCCUUUUUAUUCUUUUCUACCUUUCAUAUCCUUGGCAGAUGGCACCUUGAAAUCUAUAAUUAAUUACCCUCCUUGGAGACAAAAAAAAAAAAAUAACGUAGAGGAAUUAGGUGAGAAAAAUACCUUUUCUUUUUGGUGAAUGAGGUUAAGAAAAGAUCAAGAAGACCAUUAGAAGUUGAAAGAAGGAGGAGAAAACCAGGUAAACCUUUACCUCAAUCUGUACUUUUUAUUUUAAUUUUUUUAUUCAUUCGUUGUUAUUUCAUGUUGAUUUUAUUUUGUUCCUUUCUCCAAUAGUAUGUAGCAGCACAGCACCUUCAUUUUAUUUUUGAAUACGUAUUUGCUUUGUUAAGGUUAUCUCUCUCAACCCCUAGUUGUGUGUAUGAAUUAGGUGCCACUGUUUUUAUAUAUAUGUAGGUAUUAUUAUAUAUGAACGAAAGAUAAAAUCAUUUAUUUUAUUUUUCAUGUUUUUAUUAUUUUCAUUUUUUUUGUUAAGAUGAAGCCAGAGAUGAUCGAACCUAAGACCUCCUGCAUACUACCCAAAUUUCUCGCCACUAAACCAAACCUAGUGGCUUUAUUUUCAUCUGUUUUUAACAAAUCGUUUAUUACAAAAGGUACAAAUCGACCCCCUUAUUGUUAAUUUUUUGACACAACCCCCUUAUUGUUGAUUUUUUUAUUUUAUUUUAUAAAUUAAGAGCGUUUAGAUAUAAAGUAAGACCAAGGUGUAAGCAAUUCGACCAUCUAUUUCGUAAAUCUCACGUAACAAUAUUCAUAUCCUCAAAGGCGCAUAGCGCGUUUAAUGAAUGGCUUUCUAACCAAAGAUAAUACCAAUUCUUUCUAUGAGCCAAUUACUCCAUGGCAAGAAUCAAUGCAAUAAUUUCCGCAAGCUGAUUUUUUGUGCAUAUCCACCCCGAAAAUUUGCCAAGUAAUCACGAAACAGUCUCCCACACGCUGUAGAAUUACUAUUAACCGAGCCAUCUGUGUUUACCUUCAUCCAGCCAAUGCUUGGAGUGCACCACAACACCAUUUUCAUUGCUGCAGAGGGAGCUACAGUUGGGCGUGACUGCCAGCAGUUGCAGAAUUUGCUGUUCUUCGGCGUUCGGAAAGCCUGUCAUCAGAUUCACGCUCAGCUGAAUUGCGGCGAGGACUUUAAUCUUUGCUGCGGAAGCUGAGAUUCUUGCGUUAUUAAACCGUAUGCCAUGUCAUGCUAACCAAAUCACAUGUAGAACAUGAAGGGAAGCAGCAUUGGCAAGUUUAAGAACAAAAAAUUACAGUACUGAUUACUCCGAAUUUUUUCAGUUUGGCAACUACACAAAUUCUAAAAUCGAUCAGAAGUCUAAAUCAUCUUUUGGACUAUUGAUUUAUAUUUGGUGGUGAAUAUUGAUUACAAAUACCAACUAUCUAACAUGUUAGUAAUCAUAUUUACUAUGUAAGCAUAUACAUAUAAAUCUUUUAAUUGAAUAAUGACAUUCAUUAAUAUUGAUUUUUGUUUCAAUCAUGUUAUUAAUAUCAUAUGUAAUCGGUGUUUUGACUAUUGUCGUGGCAAAAGCUAAUUAACGAUUUCAACGGUGGUAGAUCAAGAAAAGUCGUGAUUGAAUUGGACAAUCAUGGAUAAGACAUUCAUUAAUUUUAUGUGGGAAUACACUAAUUAAUAUAUGAUGAAAAUAACAAAACAGUAUAAGAUAUCAUUCAAGGUUGCCUUCAGAGCCACUACCUCCUUGAUCACGCCUUCCUUCUCACUUUGUAAUAACAUCAUGAUUCUGGCCCCUAUUAGUGAGAAGGAAGGCGUGAGAAGUAAGGCAACCUUUCCGGCCCCUAUAAAGGUUUCCUUCACCAAGUCAUACUCUUUCCAUGAUAAGAGCUUCUGAAACACUUCCUCCUUUGCUUCAACCAGGAAACCAACAAAGCUCGCUCGUAGCCUGGUCAAUCUCUCUUCCUUUACCGGAACUUCAAAACAAUGAGGUUCCUGUUCCAUACUGUCUCUCAUGAUCGUGAUACCUUUUGUGUUGUUCACCUUUGGAGAGUCACGAGUUGAAUCCAAGUUUGAAAUGACCUCCCUUUUCAUUGCAGCAUUUAAAGUUUGAGCAUUCUCCUAACAUAUAGGCAUUGGUUAUGCGCUCAAAACCUAUUAAAAGGAUCUGAUCCAGUCCUCAUUUAUCAUUUCAUUUACUCCUUGCAGUUGCCAAAUUUCUCUUAUGCUUCAAUAUGUAAUUUCUAUAUCGUUUCCUGCAAUUUCAUAUCCUCGCACCAUACUACAGGACUAACUUCAAGAAGUAGUAUUUUUGGUUGAAAAGAAGCAUAGCCAUGGAGAAAGAUUGGGCUAACUUGGAUUCACUUGCUCUCAACACGAUUCUUGAGAAAUUAAUGGAACCAAUUUAUCAAAUUUGGUUUGGUUGCGUCUGCAAGAAUUGGUACUCAGUUGCAAAGCUUAACCAUCAAAACAACCACCAAUUUAGGAGCAAUAUAUUGCCUAUGCUAAUGAUUCCUACAGAGAGUCCCGAGAAGAGAGGUCUGUAUAGCGUACUAGGAAACCGAGUGUACCCAUUUCAAUUGACAAUGCUUUACAAAAAACGAUGUUGUGGCUCGAGUCAUGGCUGGCUUGCGACGGUAGAUGAAAACUAUGUCAUAACUUGGGUGAAUCCCUUUAAGGAUGUAGCUCCUAUUAGUUUGCCGCGCAUUCAUUGUCAUUGGUCAUAUAACAAUUAUGAAUUCAAUGUGCAUAAGGUUACUUUGUCAGAUGAUCCGAUAACAAGUCCAAAUGAUUAUGUGGUUGCAGUAAUUUACUCUAUUCGUGGUCUUCUUGCUUUCAUAAAAGCCGGACAAGAGUUUUGGACAUACAUACAAGACACCAACCAUUUUGGUUUCAUUGAUGUUACAUUCUACAAAGGUUUGGUGUAUGCUGUAAAUCGUUGGAAAACUAUUGUUUCCUUUGAUUUAUGUUAUUCAAGUGACCCUUCUGGCAUGGAAAGGAAAAUUCCAAAUGUUGCUUUACAAGGAAGCUACGAUGAAACUUAUUCCCCACUAACUUAUCUAGUGAAAUCGUUGGAGGGAGAGUUGUGGAUGGUGAGAAGGUUUAUAAUUAGAGAGGACACCGAUGGCGAUGAUAUCUUUUACAAUAAAGGUACUGAAAGUAUACUUGUAUUUAAGUUGGAAUUGGAUGACAAAGGUGAGAAGGUUACGCAUUUGGUUGAACUUGAGAGUUUGGGAGAUAACAUUUUAUUUGUGGGCGACAAUGAUUCAAUAACUCUAUCGGCUUCAUAUUUCUCAGGUUAUCUACAAAAAGAUUCAAUUUACUAUUCUGAUAAUUAUUAUGACGAUGAACCAGAUCCUUAUCCCAAUGGUCCUUUUGAUUUGGGAAUCUAUAAUGUGAAACAUAGGAGCUUUGGUGUUCAUUGUCCUUACAAACCUUACUUCAAGGGUAUGGUACCUCCUAUAUGGGUUGCUCCACCUUUUCAGUGGGUUGAUGAGUGUUUUGAUUUGUUUUUUAAUUAGUGUUGUUUGUUAUGUUUAAUUAGAGGUCGAUACUUGAGUUUUCAGUAAAAACCCUUAUUAUUCCCUUGUUCAACAUGUGAGAAUUACUAGCACAUUAUUUGUUUUCUGAGGUUCACAUUGGCAUUCAA